GAAGUGGUGGAGGUGGUAAGUGACAGUGACAGUGACAUGUCCUUAAAUGACCGAGUAUAGGUUAUGUAGUUUACGUUUUUUACCUUUUUGCUUUGUCUUUUAAUUCAAAAGUACAAAUAAAAUGAGUGCUAGUAAGGCUUUUAAAAGAGUAACCCAUGUCAUAUUUGAUAUGGAUGGUGUUCUUUUAGAUACUGAAAUUUUAUACACGAAAGCCACACAAAACAUUUUAGAUCAAUAUGGAAAAACUUUUACAUGGGAAGUAAAAACCCAAAUGAUGGGCCUACACGGUCAAGAAAUGGCAGAAAGAAUAGUAAAAAUUUAUGAUUUGCCCAUCUCAGCUCAGGAAUAUUACAAACAAGCAUUGGAACAAUAUUAUAUCAUCAUGCCUGAAUGUCAAUUAAUGCCAGGAACUCCUGAAAGGGAUUCUAGUAGAAUUGCUGUACAAGAAAUGAAACUACCUAUGUCAGUGGAUAAAUUUCAGGUUGAAUUUAGGACAAAGGCACAUCAAUACAUGACUGAUGUAAAAUUUAUACCAGGUGCGGUCACAUUAGUGAAACAUCUUCAUUCAAAAAAUAUUCCAAUUGCAGUAGCAACAUCAUCCUCACAAGAAAGUUUUAAUCUUAAAACGGGAAAGCACAAAGACUUUUUCUCAUUAUUUAAUCAUAUCGUUUGUGGAGGUAGUGAUCCUGAAGUGAAAUCAGGGAAGCCAGCACCUGACAUAUUUUUAGUUUGUGCUUCUAGAUUUACUGAUAAACCCAGUCCAGAAAAAUGUUUGGUGUUUGAAGAUGCCCCCAACGGUAUAUUAGCCGCUAUUGGUGCAGGAAUGCAAGCUGUUAUGAUACCAGAUGAAAAUGUACCUCCAGAACUUAGAAAAAAUGCACAUGUUGUUAUUGAUAGAUUAGACAGGGCCCCCUUAGAACAAUUUGGGCUACCAAGCUUGAAUAGUUAGGUUAAAGUGUUACGUUUAAAGAAAAAUAAAGAUUUUUAUUAGUUAACUGUUUAA